AUGUCCACAGCACCUGACGCCGCCGCCCCCGCCGCCACAGUCAACUCCCCUCCCGCCAAGCGAGUCAAGACUGACGGCACCAUGUCUGCUACCGAAGAGCCCAAGCUUCUCAUUAAGAAGCUCUCCGACAAGGGUCGUAUCCCUACCCGCGGAAGUGCCUUUGCCGCCGGUUACGACAUAUAUGCUUCCAAGGAUACUACCAUCCCUGCGAGGGGCAAGGCUCUCGUCGACACCGAUAUUAGCAUUGCUUGCCCUGCUGGAACUUACGGCCGCAUUGCCCCUCGUUCGGGCCUUGCCUCCAAAAACUUCAUCGACACUGGCGCCGGUGUCAUUGACGCCGAUUAUCGCGGCCAGGUCAAGGUCCUGCUCUUCAACCACGCCGAGUCCGAUUACGAGAUCAAGGAGGGCGACCGCAUUGCCCAGCUUAUUCUCGAGCGCAUAUACACGCCCGAGGUCGUCGAGGUUACGGAGCUAGAAGAGAGUGUUAGGGGAGCUGGUGGCUUUGGCAGCACUGGUACUGCUUAG